CGUUAAGCGACCUAACGGAUCCUUUUUCUGCUGGAAGGUGUUCCCAACCUUCAAUUUCGAUUUCUCCCGCAAAUUUUCCGAUCUGCUUUAUUCCUGGCUGCAGCUUUUAUUGGGUUGGAGUUAGAGUGCAGAUCAGAUGUGCCACCAAACUUCUUGUGGCUGCUUGUCUGCAGAAGAGGCAACUACCGGUGAAGAGAGCCUCUUGAUAUAUUGCAAGCCUGUUGAAUUAUACAAUAUUCUACGAUGCCGAGCUCAACACAAUCCUUCAUUUCUUCGAAGAAGUUUGCAAUACAAAAUACGGGCAAAGCGCAAAAGGAGCUCAAGGGCAGAAAUUGUAGUUUUCAAUUAUAGGGACUACAGCAACAUGCUACAAAAGACUGAAGUAACUGAAGACUUUUCUUGUCCAUUUUGCUCAAUGCAAUGUGCAAGCUUCAAGGGUCUGCGGUAUCACUUGUGCUCUUCACAUGACUUGUUCAACUUCGAGUUUUGGGUAACUGAAGAUUAUCAAGCAGUGAAUGUCUCUGUGAAAACUGAUAUACUAAGAUCCGAGGUGGUAGCAGGUGGAGUAGACCCACAACUGCAACCAUUCUUCUUCUGCUCAAAGCCACGAAGAUGUAGACCUAAGAAACUCACUCAAAAUGAGAGACGUGUCAACAUACAAUUCCUGGAGUUGGAUUCACCCAAAUUACCCACAGAUCCACCCAGGGAAUUAUCUGAGAAGAAUGAUGGUGAGAAGGUUUCCAAGUCUUCCAAUGAGAAUAAAUUGCAAGAUGGAAGGGAUGGAGACAAAAACUCUGGUUUUGAUGUAGCUGAAUGUAUUGAGUGUGUUGGAUCCAGUUUCAAUGUUCCAGGUGUUUCAAUUGCCAUGGCUCAAUCUUCUGUGGACCCUGAAUGUGUUAAAUCAUUAUCUGGAAGUGAGGCUGCAGUGCCUACUAUGCUACAUGUUGUAAAAUCUAGGAAGAUAACCACGGAACGGUCAGACCCUAGAAACCGUGUACUUCUACACAAGCGGCAGUUCUAUCAUUCUCACCGAGUUCAGCCAAUGGCGAUAGAACAAGUAAUGUCAGAUCAAGAUAGUGAGGAUGAAGUUGAUGAUGACAUUGCAGAUUUUGAAGAUCGAAGGGUAUGCCUGAUGCUUGAUGAUUUUGUUGAUGUUAGCAAAGAUGAGAAACAACUUAUGCAUCUUUGGAACUCAUUUGUGAGAAAGCAACGGGUCCUGGCGGAUGGUCACGUUCCUUGGGCUUGUGAAGCAUUUUCCAGACUUCAUGGGCGGGAUCUGGUCCUUUCUCCAGCACGAUUUUGGUGUUGGAGGCUAUUCAUGAUCAAACUCUGGAAUCAUGGUCUUCUUGAUGGGUGCACAAUGAACAACUGUAACCUGAUUCUCGAAAGAUGCCAGGAUGAGGGAUCAGAUGUAGUUAAAAGCUAAAGAGGAGACCGGUAACUACUUCCGACUUGAAAGAGUACAGAAAAGAAAGUGCCGUUGAUUUUCUCCUGUGACGCCACUUUUUUUAUUCUCUCUCUCCUUCCCUCUUAUAUAAAUUAGUAGAUUAGAGAUUGACUGAAUAUUCUUUCCCAUACAAAAGAAUGGACGUCGGAGUUUACCUUUUCACUGUUGUAAUCUUAUUCAGUACGGGUCUCGGGUAACGUGUUCGCAUUACUGACACAAUUAAUUGUAAAAUUUAGCCACAAAUUGAUCUGCCAGCAUUAGCUAUACCAUAUGUAAAGCUACUAUUGAUUUCAUCUAACACAAUUCAUUGUGGAAUUUUGCUACAAAUUGAUCAGCCAGGUGCCAGCCUUAGCCAUAACAUGCUAUGUAAAGCUACUGUUGAUUUGAUCUAAGAACAAUAAACUGGCUGCUCAAAGCUGGCUUAGGGAGCUCUUAACUUGAUUUUCCCUUAGAUUUUGUACUGGGAAAGAAACAGGACUCGAGCUGACCUUGGAUGAGAUA